UCAUUUUCUCUCUCUUCUUUGUUCUUUCUUUCUCUCUCUUCAACAAAGAAAAGCCUUUAUAUAGACAUUCUAUUCAAAACAAAACAAUAUCUUCCAAUCCAACCAAACAAAAUAAGAUUAUCCACACACCCUGUUUUUCUCUUUCUUCUUUUUUUUCCAUCUCUCAUUUUUACACCAAAUUCCUUUUUUUUAGCACCCAGAAAUCUAGACACAACAAAAUCCAAAAAUAGUUCUUACCCAGAUUUUCUUUUUCAAAAAUAUCUUCUGGGUUUUUUUCUCUUUUUUUAUUUUUUAAAAUUUCAUUUUUUUUUCACCUUUUCAGUUCAAGAGAAAAAAAAAAUUAAUAUAGAAUUUUUAAAAAUAAAUUGUUUUUUGUCUUUUGGGUUUCUUGUAUGUAGUGAAUUGUUUUAAGAGGUUUUGAGAAUUUUGGUUGUAUUAUAAGAGCUUUUGGAUUAUAAGUUCUUCUUCUAUGGCUGCUGAAUUGAAAAAAGCUGCAGAUGAAAUGAAUAAGAAGAAGCUGCAUGGUGAUUCUUCAACAGCUGAACAUAAUAAUUCCAACAUGGUUUCUUCAAAGGGUGGUGGAAGUUCACCAUCUGAUGCAAGAUCAUGUGUGUCAUCAAUAGGAGAUGCUUCUGGUAGUUUUAAAGAAGGCGACGUUGAUCAUGAAUUCCAAUCCGCUGAUCAGAAUGUUGCUUAUUCUGCUGGUAGUUAUUAUGGCUAUUACUAUCCAGAAUGAUUACAGGUUAUGGUGGUUUUUAUGGAGAGCAAGAAAAUCAAGGAUAUUAUGUUGGUGCUGAUGCUAUGGAUUUUCAGUAUCCUGUCAUGCAAGCAGAUAAUGGAUCUUAUGUCUAUCUCAUGCCAGGAUACCAGACUGGCUACUCUUCAUACUUUCCUGUGAAUACACCUGGUGUCGAUGUCCAGUAUCAGGUUUACCCUCCCGGUUCCGUCUUUCAGCAACCAAUUGGAUCCCCUGGCUAUAUUUCACCUUAUGGUGAGUUGCUUCCAUCAACGUACUCAUGGGAUUCAUCUUUAACCACACAAGAUGUAGCACAAGGGAAUCGUUAUAAUGAAUUGGCCAGUAAACCGAGUGGUAGAUCGAUCUUUUCUUCGCAGAGUCGUACUGGCAGUGGUAUUGUGUCAAAGUCUGUGCCCUCAUCUAAUGUGAGCAACUCAUCAGAAGUAAAGGGUUCGCCACCAAUAUUAGAUGUUUCUUCAACACAUGUUAAGCGCAACCAGCCAAAACAAGCAAACAAGGCAUCCAUUUCUGGUCCUGUUCUCCAUUCAGAUGCAAUGCCAAAGGGUUCUUUUCCCGUCGCAAAGUUUUCUGCAUACAAUCAAGGAAAGAGUGGGUUCCCCUAUCAAAACAACUUUCCUAAUAUGAAAGCAACAAGUACCAAGGGAUGGGUUAGUACUGAGAAGCUGAAACUCAGAAGCAAGGUUAAUGAUUCACUUAAUGAGCAGAAUCAAGGUCCUAGAACAGCUAAUGCAAAAGGUACUUUAAACUCUGGAGGUAAUUCUGAAGAUAAGAGUGUCAAUGGUAACACCAAAAUCAGGACAGAUCAAUAUAACCUUCCUGAUUUUCCAACCAAAUAUGAUCAUGCACUUUUCUUCGUCAUUAAAUCGUACAGUGAAGAUGAUGUCCAUAAGAGCAUCAAGUACGAUGUAUGGGCGAGUACACCUAAUGGGAAUAAGAGGCUCGACAAUGCAUUUCAGGAUGCACAGAAUCGAAUGGAAGAGAAAGGAAGCAAGUGUCCCGUAUUCCUUUUCUUUUCGGUCAACGCUAGUGGUCAAUUUUGUGGAGUAGCCGAGAUGAUCGGACGAGUGGAUUUCAACAAAAGUAUGGAUUUCUGGCAGCAAGAUAAAUGGAACGGGUAUUUCCCUGUCAAAUGGCACAUUAUAAAAGAUAUUCCAAAUCCUCAGCUACGGCAUAUUAUCCUCGAGAAUAAUGAUCACAAGCCUGUAACAAAUAGUAGAGACACUCAAGAGAUUCAUUUUCCGCAAGGUAUUGAAAUGCUCAACAUCUUCAAGAACUAUGUAUCAAGAACAUCGAUAUUGGAUGAUUUUGAUUUUUACGAAAGCCGUCAAAAGGUCAUGCAAGAGAAGAAAAUAAGACAACCUAUGCCACAUACCAAUGUACAGCAUAUAGAAGACUUAACAAGUGCACUUGGAUCAGUAGACAUAUCAGCUGUAAAGAACAUGGAGGAUCCUAAGUUGGUUGAGAAAGUGAAUGACUGAGGAGGAGAAUGCAAUCUGAUGCUAUUCCUAUGGACCCCACCAUAUCAUCAAGCUGGUGCUAUUCCUGAGCUAUGAAGUAAGAGAUCAUGAAUUUCAAGUUGAAGUUCUAAGAAAAAAUUCUUGCUGAUGCUUUAGAAAGGAGAAAAAAAAUAAUUGAUAUGAAAAACCGAUGGUAGAAAUAUCCAAAUUUUACAAAAAAAAAAAAUACAAAGUUGAAUUUUUCUAGUGGGAAGAACAAGGUGAUUGUUGUUACAAGGAAACAUUUAGUUUAGUUUUGUUUCUUUUCUUUAUUUUGUGCACAUAAAAGGUUCAGUUUGGUUCCUUGUUCUUGGUAUUUUCACUUUUUUUUUUUCUUCCUUGUAGUUGUAGAAUUGAAUAGUAUAUAACAAAAAAAUAAAAAUAUUACCUUGAUUAGGACAUGUUACUUGCCAGAAAUAAUAUGUUGAAAAUGAUAGGAUGUCCAAUGGAUGAUAGAGAAUUAUUGGAAUUGGAAAGUCUCUAACCAAUCAUAAUUUGAGGUGUA